AUGACACUGUAUCUUGAACGCAGUGCUAAUGUUCCAAUAGAGUUCUUUGCGCUUCUGGGUAAGAGUAAUGAGUCCUUUGACGAUUUCCAUCGCGAAAAGUGCGAUCAUCUCAGGGCAAGACAGGCCGAGCUCUGCAUCAAAUACGAAAGAGCUAUCAAAGCAUGUCCUUUCUCAAGUGAUGGAAAACGAGAGUUUCACGAAGCAAAAACUUUCAUCAAGGUCGCGACAGAGCUCCGUGAAGACUUCGGAAAGCUGCAAAAGUAUUCCCGCGUCAAUGAAGACGCCAUCCACAGACUAUAUGUCAAAAUUGAGAAGUUGAACAAUUUCAUCACGCCGGCUUAUGAAGAACAAAAGUCUAGGUGGCACAUGUCCCAGAUUGACCGCCAUCGACAUUCCGUGAAUUUCUUGAACAGGCUGGACAGCUUGACAGAUAGUAUCAAGGAAGCACGUGAAGUCCCUGAGGAGAUGCAGCUAUGCUCGGACAAAGAUACAUCUCAGCAAAAACAGUUCAUGGCCGUCAAGCGACCGGCCUUGUAUCGUGCUGUCAGCAACGAUGACCCCUCUACCUUGGCCUACCUGCUCAGAAAUUUGUCGCGUGAUCCAACCCUCAAGCUUGAUCGGAAGUCCAUUGUGUACGAAAUGGCAGAGACGGCCGUCAGUUGUGAUUCUACAUCAUGCUUCGAAAAUUUACUAUCAAAGGUUUUUGAUCGAGACGGCGUUGUUUUAGACCAUGACUUGCUCAAUCAGAUCAUCUCUAAGGAAGGCCAAAGAGACCAAAGUGACACUGAGAAGAGCCAUAGCCUGUUCGAAUUUGCUUUCGAGCACAUUGUGCCGCGUCAGACAGAUGCCUUGUUCUCAAAGGACCUAUGUGAUCGUUCGAGUCUUCACUAUGGCGCAAUCUACGGCCUCAAUCCCGUCUGCAAAUCUAUCCUUAGUUGUGCUCAGGGCCUGGGUGGUGGAUAUGCGGCGAAUCUGAUCUUGUCUUCGGACUCGCAUGGAUUUACGCCUUUUCACUACGCUGUGAUCAAGAAUCAUGUGGAUGUUGCGAAUACAUUCCUGGAGGUCCUGCGGUUGGACAACAGGAGUGAUGAGGAGCUGUGCUGGGAACUGGAUGACCUACUAAUAAUCGCACUCAGAUACCAACACGACGAUAUGGUAUUCCUCCUCGCUCGUGCUAACUUCGGCCCAAAUAGCCAUUCUUUGCACGGUGAAACUGCGCUUUACGUUGCCUCUCAGAUUGGUCGUGAAGACUACGUCAAGUUGUUACUGGAGAAUGGCAGUGAUGUCGACAUCAAUACCCCUGAAACACCGCACGCAUGGACUCCAUUGUUUAUUGCGUGCAUUGAAGGCUACGGGUCCGUUGUCGAUGUCCUUCUGCAAGCCGAAGCGAAACAAGAUGUCCUUGAUCACCUCGGCUGGAGUGCGAAAGAGCACGCUGCCUUGAGGGGCCACCUUGAAGUGGCUGGAAUGUUGGAGGCAUGGGAUCCAAACAAUCUCACUGAUGGACCUGCUAGUCUUCCACUGAAACCCGACCCUGAACCCAAGACACCAUUACCACUCCAUGCCCAUCAUGUUAUCAUCAACCUUGGUGUGCUGAGAAUUGGCGAGCAUGUCGACGCUGUCGAUUUUGAAGGCCCAUUGGCAACGACUUCUUCCUCUAUCGACAUGUCCAUGUCGAUCGAAGACAAUACCAGCGAAAUCAUCAAGCUUCCCAUGCUAAGUGACAUGGUGAAUGAGCCUUUCGUCUUCCCUGUUGCAAAGCCAGAUGAAGCGCGUUUGGUCUUCAAGUUUUAUAGCUCGGAUCAUUCAUAUGAGGAGCGGAAACUUGUGGGCAGUGCCGCGGCUCUGCUUGGGAAUGAUAAAAAAUGCUUUGGCGAGAACCGUGAGAGUCUCGUCAGAGAGCGCACCGUUCCGAUUUUCGACAAAAUCACAAUGGAUAUCAUGGGAACUGUGACCUUUACUUGCAUCAUCGCGAAGCCGUUGGCAUCGUCGGAGGUUCCGUCACUUCCGAAACAAUUAUUGGAGAAGGACGAGCUCCAAGUGGUCGGCCACAGAGGACUCGGUCAAAACACAGCCAAUCGAACUCAGCUUCAGCUAGGAGAGAAUACCAUCGAGUCAUUCCUUUCAGCCGCGAGGCUGGGUGCAUCAUACGUUGAGUUCGAUGCGCAACUGACCAGAGACCUUGUGCCAAUCAUCUACCACGACUUCUCGCUCAGUGAAUCAGGUACCGACAUUCCGAUUCAUGACCUCACAUUCGAGCAGUUUAUGUACACAAGCAAACUUCAAUCUCCAAGGGGCAAACCAGCAUCAGUCCUUGGGAGGCCGCCUCUCAGCUUUGGUCAAAGGCCACGGGAUAGACUUCGAUCACGCUCUGUAUCAAAGGACCGUGGGGAGACCCAGAACGUUAACGACAGGAUGAAAUUCACUGUUGAUUUCCAAAACAAAGGAUUCAAACCAAACACCAGGAGACAAUCCAUCCAGGACUCCUUCACAACUCUUGAGGAGUUGAUAUCAAAGCUACCAGACUCUAUAAGCUUCAACAUCGAAAUUAAAUAUCCUCGACUUCACGAAGCCGUCGAAGCCGGAGUUGCUACCGUGGCCCUCGAGAUCAACACAUUCGUUGAUCAGAUCCUCGACCGAGUCUUCAGAGCCAAGAGCGAGCGGAAGAUCAUUCUUUCUUCCUUCUCGCCCGAAGUCUGCAUGCUCCUCACUACCAAACAGAAUAUCUACCCCGUCAUGUUCAUCACCAACGCAGGGAAGCCACCGCCCGCGGACCUUGAUAUGAGAGCGAGCAGUCUCCAAGCUGCAGUGCGCUUUGCGAAGCGCUGGGAGCUAGCCGGUGUAGUCUUUGCUUCUGAGACUCUAAUUUUGUGCCCAAGACUCGUGGGUUAUGUCAAAAGAUCUGGAUUGGUCUGUGGGUCUUAUGGCGCGUUGAACAACGUUCCUGAAAACUCCAAGGUACAAAAGGCUGCUGGCCUCCAGCUUCUCAUGGUCGACAACGUCAGGCUCAUUACCAUGGCUUUAGACGAGAAGCUUCAACUCGACAUCUAG